AUGGCCUUAAAGAAAGUAAAAAAUAUUUUACUUAGCGAUAAAAUCUUAGCUCACUACGAUCCCACCUUGCCUAUAGUGUUGAGCGUGGACAGCAGUGCUUGCGGGGUCGGGGCGGUGCUGGCGCACCGGUACCCGGACGGCUCGGAGCGACUGAUAUGCUGCGCGUCGCGAACUCUGAACGCGGCGGAGAAAUCGUACAGCCAGCUCGAUAAGGAGGCACUGGCGAUAUUUUUCGGUGUCACAAAGAAUCACCAGUACCUUUAUGGUAGAAGUUUUGUUAUUCGUACGGAUCAUAAGCCUUUGUCCUAUAUUUUCGGAGAGAAACUGGGUAUCCCACAGACGGCAGCCAGCCGCUUACAGCGGUAUGCCGCUCGGUUGGCCGCUUACGACUAUACCGUAGAGUGGGUCAACUCUGCACAGAACGGGCCCGCGGACUGUCUCUCGCGGUUGCCAUUACCUCAGAACGGCAAUGAUAACUCUGUGGAUGCAUAUUCAUAUUUGUGUUUUUUAGAAAGCGCGUUCCCUGUGAAUCAUAAAGACAUAGCGGAGGCGGUUAAAAUAGAUCCCGUUUUGCGAAACGUUUAUAAAUAUAUAAUUUUCGGUAGGCCUUCAAAUACAGAUGUCGUUCAAGAAAAGCCUUAUUUUAAUCGCAAAGAUAAUUUGUACGUAGACUCUGGUUGUAUUAUGUAUAACUACAGAAUAGUCAUACCGCCCAAGUUCCGCCAAUAUAUUUUAAACGAGUUACAUGAGGGUCAUUUAGGGGUUGUCAAAAUGAAAAACACAGCCCGGAGCUACGUAUAUUGGCCGGGCUUGGACGGUGACGUUGAGCAAAUAUGUAAAAGCUGCGCGGCGUGCCAGCAGCAGCGCGACGCGCCACCGCACGCGCCGCUCACGCCCUGGGAGUUCCCCGCGCGGCCCUGGCAGCGCUUACACGCCGACUUUGGGGAAUACAACGGGAAACAUUACUUAAUUAUUGUUGAUGCGUACAGCAAAUGGAUUGAAGUUUUUCAAUUAAAUAGUACUGCUGCGAAGUUCGUAAUUUCUAAAUUUAGAGAAAUAUUUGCUCGAUUUGGUUUACCACUUCAAGUCGUCACAGAUGGGGGGCCUCCGUUCGGUUCCCAUGAAAUAAAGGAAUAUUUUAAUAGGAACGGUAUCAUCCAUAACAUCACUAGUCCGUAUAGACCUAAGGGCAACGGCGCCGCCGAGAAUGCUGUUAAAACUGUCAAACGCUGUAUUAAAAAGGCUUGUUUCGAAGGGGUAGAAAUCGAUGCUGCAAUAAAUAAAAUGUUGUUUAAUUAUAGAAACUGCGAGCAAGCUACUACCGGCGUAGCACCAGCAGUAGCAUUGAUCGGACGGAGAUUGAGGGGUCGUUUGGAUAUUCUACGGCCAGAUGUUGCAUCACGUGUCCGCAGUAAGCAACUUGUGCAAAUUGAGCGCGCUGGUGGCACGCAGCGUGAGGUUCAGCGUGGAGAUAAUGUGUUUAUUAGAAAUUAUGGCAGAGAUAAAACGAAGUGGGUUGAAGGUCAGGUGAGCGAUCAGGUAGGGCCUUCUUCGUUUGAAGUUAAUGUGCCGCAUGGCACGGUAAGGAGGCAUAUUGAUCAAAUUAUUAAACCUGCUAGGGCCUCUAAGCGCUACUCGCUCACAUGCACCUCCAAAGACACCAAUGGUGACAUGACGUCAGACUUUGAUAUUUUACCCGAGCAACCUGUGACGGCACAGAAUUCAGAAAUAAUAUCGGGACCGGAGAGGAAGGAUCACAGUUCUGACGUUCAGUCUGUUGUUAAAGAUCAGGUAGAGGAUGAUAAGUACGAACUAGCGUCCACCUCCCCAGUGCCGGUAACGGUAGAGAGAAAAUGUCAUGGUCUGAGACCCCUUCGUCAUAGAUUAAAUUAA